AUGUGGCACAUCCACGAGUAUGAGGUGAAGAGCGACGUCCUUUUCCUUCCCGACGUCAUUGGUCCGGUUGAGCGGCAAGAUCGGGAGAAAGCACCGAAAACUUACGGUACGAUCGGAAGUCUGAGCAGACUUCAAAACCCAUUUGUUGGGGCAACUUUCCAAUCUUCCUUAAAGCCAAGAAACGUGAACUGUUUGGGUUAUCUUGGAAACAAAUUUCCCAGAAAACCUCAGUAUGAUAUCAUUCCACGUGCCAAGAAAAACGACUGGAUAUCCCACGGGAUUAGGUUCUCACAAUCAUUCGGGGAAAAUGUUGAGAUUUUAUGGAAGAAUAUGGGAUUAAGAAGUGCAUUGUUAGGGACAUAUGAAGAUAACAGAUUUAAAUCCGAGUCAAAGAAGCCUUAUCUUAAGUCAAUUGGCUCUCUUAACCUUGGAGGUGGACCCGAGUUAGAAAAGAAACUCAAGUACACAGAGCAUGUUUGCUCAGGGGUAAUUUUGGGAAAAGAGCUUGUAAAUGCACCUCCUAAUGUACUUACCCCUGCUGAUAAGCAACCUUGCAUUGGUAUGGGUGGUAUGAUACCAUGGAAGCUUCAUGCUACAGGGAAGCUUUUUCAUAGUGGUCUAGCACACAAGGGUGAUUCUCUACUGAUUAUUUUGAAGAGUUUUAUAGAGAAGAAAUCUGCUCAAAGCACACGAAAGUCAGCAAUAGUCCAUUCACAGCUAUUUUCUCAUUACUUUGGUGACUGCCCUGUUAUUCAUGCACAAGGCAGAACACAUCCUGUACCAACAUACUUCCUUGAAGACAUUCAUGAUAGUGUAGAUUAUAAGCUAGCUUCAGAUUCUCUAGCUUCUUGA